CAAUUUCGCACCGUACAAUGAUGGCUUCGUUUUGAAAUAAUCUGACGCGACUGGCUCCAACUCAUCAAUCCUCCAUUGACGUCAAGCGGACCCAGAUUCUUCCGCGCGACAACUUCACGACUCACGAUUCUACAACAACCAACCUCAAUACGAUCAAAAAGAAACGACGAAAUGUCAAUCCACCCAACCCCCACAAUCCUAAUCCCGCACCUCCCCCCGAAGACCUUCGUCGGCAUCGACCUCGUCACCUUCACCUCUACCGCAAACUUCCACGGCAUCCGCGACCUCCCGCCAGGCUGGCAUUUCUUAUACUCGGGUACGACAGAGGCGUUAUCAUUGCGCAGUGGGGGGUGGUUUUACGUCCAGGACAAUGAGGACAAUAAUCGCGGGGCAGCUGCGACAAGGACAGCGACAGGGACGGGGUCAGGGCCGGAGAUAUUCAUCUGGAAGUGGGACGCGGAGACAGAAACGCUCGUUCCGUUGAAGGGUGAUAGUGAUGCGGAAAGACAAGAGGCGAUGCGCUUCAAGGCGAAUCUGGGAAUGAUCUGGCAGGCGGGAAAGCUGUUUCGGUAUCGCAGUCGGGUGACUGCGCAGGGUGUACAGAAGAAUCAGGUGGUUGAUGAGGAAGAUGAGGAGAUUGAAGAGGAUGGCAGACGGGAUUGGAAUGGUUUGACGGAUAGGUUGUCACAAGAUGUUCUGUUGAGGAUCGUGGGAGAUCCGGAGGUCGAUGCUGAUGGGCGGCCGAGGUGGAUGGUUACGUCUGCUAGUACGGCGAAGAUGGAUACGGAUGAUAUUCCGGGGUUGGCGAGUGCUGAUCCGGAUGGGCCGGGUGUUGAUGGGACUGGGAGACAAGAAGUUGAAUUCUCAUUCCUCCCAAUCGAGCUGCGAAAAACAUGGCGAGAGGGCGCGAUUGGUCGAGAACGAACAGAAGCAGCACAAGACAAAUCCUGGGCGCUAGGCGAUCUAAUCAAACAAUACACCCCCACCGACUCAACAAACGACAGCGAAGGCGAGACCCAAAUCCUCGGCGAACUCCAAUUCACCUUCCUCACGGCCCUAACCCUCCUCAACUUCUCCUGCCUACAACAAUGGAAACGCCUCCUCGAACUAAUCCUAACUUGCCGCGCUGCCAUCGCAGAACGAGAACCAUUCAUGCGUGAUGUCCUCCGCCUCUUACUUCUCCAACUCCAACGAUGUGACGAUCUAGAAGGUGGGUUCUUCGCCAUCGACGCAGAUGAAGGCGGCGAGUUCCUACGUGGCUGGUUAGUCAGGUUUGUCAGGUCGCUCGAAGAAGUAAGUCUUGUUGGUGCUGGGUCUAUUGUCAAAGACGAGUUGGAGAAGCUGGAGGCUUGGGUGAGGAGUGAAUAUGAAUGGGAUUUACGUCCUGAGGGUGUUCUUAGACGGGGUAUGUUGCAGUUGGAGGAUGGGGAGGAGGUGGAGAUGGAGAUGCCUGAUGAUGAGGAUGAGGAGACGGGGGAGUAUGCGCCCACGGUUGUUGAGUUGGGGGGUGGUUUUUAGGCUAUGUCCCACCUUUUGUAUCUUAUGUUAUAUUCCAAUUGUCCAUGAUUGAAAUAAUCAAAUACAGAGAUCAUGACUGCGCGUAGUUCUGUCUGCACAGACCAAUAUAGCCUUGUCAAUGUGGAAGCCUGGGUCUCGCAGCUUAACCUUAU